CAAGGCAGAAUGGGUAACCUAACUAAACAUUGAUUUCACACUUCAUUAUUUGGCUUGAAUCGGUGUGUUAGUAUGGCACGAUCUUAUUAAGAGGAAUAAUAUUACCGUCCCAGUCGACAUCCUAGGCCUUGGCAACAAUAUGUUCCUGCUAUUCAAUACAAUUCUCACAAAAUUCUGCCUGACUCCAACGGCAAACGAGAGGGCGAUGGCGGACGUAUGGGGUUGAAGCGCUUCGGGGGCUGAACUUACGACGCCGUUACACACAAGAUGAUUAGGGCACUAGAUUGUCUUCGUCUUAUGUUCACCACGUCGACUUAAUCAGAGAAAAAGACAAUAAUCCAGUUAUUUCAAUACAACUUCUAUAAAAACAGAUACAUCCGGAUACACCUACCCAGAUGAACGGCACAGACGAGGAAUAUACAAUAACUUAACAGAGAAAGCACAAGCUCUUCAAUUAUUACUUUUAUUAUUUGAAAACUCAAAAUCAGUAAAUGUGACCACCCCCUUUCACACCCUCGGCUAAUUUGCUCAACACCGACCAGCCACAAUGUUGACAUCACGACAGGGUUUGAUUGAACGGGAGCGGGCGAUGAACACAGCUCGCUACAUGAUGGACUCGAAAGUGGGCCUCUGCGUUCUCAAAACCAACACCCAUGAAGACCGACUUCACGACAAGGAGAGGAAGAAAAUCGAGGCUCAAAUCCGGAGAAAACAAAUGCAUUUUGAGCAGGAAAAGAAGAGGUUUUUGCAGUCGCAAAUGUUGUACAACUUCGAGCCCACCAUCAUAGUCGAGAGACCCCCGAGUCCAGAGGCGUGGAUGCACUACGAACAGGCAAUAGACGAGGACUAUCCAAAGAAAGAGCCAGGUUACAUGCGACCUAUCCGCUCGCGUAUUAAGACGCCUUCCAACCUCCCGACAAUAGACGCCUUUACGGUGCGCAGUAAGAAAAAGACCAAUAUAUGGGAGGAGGCUUUAGGAGACAUAGAUCAGACUAAAUUUAUUAGUACUGUCCCGCCCAGUGCUAGAUUAAGCCAAGACGAAAGAGUGGACUUACAGAAAGGUUGGGUUUUUCACCGACCCCAAUCUCGCCUCGAGGACCUUAAAAAGGAAGCGGAGGAGAUGGCUAAACUCAAAAAUAAGAAGGAUCCGUAUAAAAUGCACACCAAGAAGAAGAAGGGUGAUGGCAGGAGUAAGAAGGAAAUUAUUGAGAAAAUUGCCGCCGCCAAUGCGGCUCUGGAUGAUGACGGCGCCGCGGAUUACUCAACGACUUUUAUCACACAGUUACCAACUGAUCGAGAGCCCAAGGUGAAAUUCUCUCAAAAUUAUAAGAUUCAUCCCUCCUCAGCUACAAGUGGUGGCGCAAGACAACAUCGGCGAGCUGCAAAUUCACAAAAACUUGACUCGUCCUUUCCGGCAGGGUUCGAGUCUAGCAGAGUAAAGCGCCACAGUGCGGGAAUACAGACAGCUAGCAAGAAUGACACAACCGUGGCAUUGUCGUCGCCAAAGCGGACUGCUACGUCGGCCAGUUCUGUCGGUAGAUCGGCGAUCACUGACACAUGAAUCUAGUUUUAAUUCUCAGCUAACUUACGGGUGUUUAAUGGAUGGAAAAGGGCUGAGAUAAAACAAAACGUACAGUCGGAAGAAGAAUCGACUGCGUGUACGUAUACUGGCAAUACCAGUACACUGAAAACGAUGAUAACCCAAAGCCAAAAAUGCUUACAAUACGCAUAGGCUGAUAUGUGUGAAUGCCACAAACCAACAGAGAAAUUUAACAAAAAUGUGUCAGCCGGCUUUCGACCAGUGUGAAGACAUAUUGCCCAAUAUGGAUUCUCCCCGCUGUGCAGCACAAAGACCACGCCCCCGUGUCCUUGUCAGUUAUUGUCACAAAAACAGAUGCCAUGGCAAUUGAUUUCCGCGGUAGUCAGUUUUCCCCGGAAAACAUGCAUUGUCAAUAUGUGAAUUAGUUUCGAACUGUGAUACUUCCCGGAAAUCGGUCCGUCCUCUAUAUAGUAUGCCAUCGUUCCAUUAUUCACCGUGCCAACUUUAUUACUUAUAUACCCCACUCACUUUACGCACACACAUUGUACGCC